AUGGCGCAGGAACAUGAUCGUGGAGACUGGCAAUGGUCCUCUUGGGCUCCCGCGGCUUCGGCCACCUUGCGGCCCCCAAAACGGCACAAGGAGGGCGACGACGUGCAGAGCGCUUCCCCGAAACGGCAGCGUCCAUCGCCAUCGCCGGAUAUCAGUACCAGCCAUCCGGUCCCGCUGCUUGGAUCCGAGACUCUGUUGCACAUCGACAUUGCUCCCCCAGUGCUGUCCAGUUCCUCGUCCCCAGCAUCGGCCGAUAGCGCCAACUCGGGCUCUGUCCCCGUUAAUUCGGCCUCAUCACAAGGCGCCCUCCCCCAGGUGGAUUGGGUUCCCACUGGUGGACCAACCGUGGACGACAGCGAUCCUAGGAUCUGCUAUGGAGCGCUGUGCAAUGUCAAAGCUCGCUUCAAACCUGCUGGUGAGGCUAGACUGCUGGUGUCCGGCGACAGAACAUUCUGUCUGCUCAGGGUUGUCAGCUCCAGUCCGUAUUAUGCCUUGGCAACCCGGUCCCACAGGGUUGUGGCCGAUCUCGACUUGACCACUUGUCGCUCUUUGCGAAGCCUGGAAGGGCUGCCAGGCCUAAGAUCCGCAGCUGUGAUCGAAUCCACAGCUGUAUAUCACAGCCAGGAGAAGGGAAUCGUGCCGCUCUCGAUCAAUGUGUAUGGACCAUUGUCCAGCGCGGAUCAAGUUGGUAGCGUGCUCUCUGCGGCUUCUGCAUUCCUUCAGCAUCCGUUCUUCCUCGAACCCGGCUGCAAGGACUACUUUAAUCCUCAAAUAUUCCGAACCGGAAACGAGAUGCAGAACCUUACACACCUGGUCGGCUUGACUGAGAAGGAUCUCAAAGCGAAGGCUAUAUCGGACGGGAUUCAGCACAUCCUUGAUUCUCUCGAUGAGAUCGCUCUUUCCAAUGGCCCGGAGAAUGAAGCCAGCUGGGAGCCGCAGCAUCUCCUUACGCGUCUCACGAAACACCAGGUUGCCGCUCUUGGGUUUAUACAACGCAGGGAGUGCCUCCACCAUUGUCAAGCCAUGCACCAGAAAUUGCGGCACUUCACAAAUAUAUUGUACGUACUCUCCCCCAACGGGACCAGUUGUGAGCGGCGCUUUAUCAUCGGUGUUAAGAAGCAAAACAGCUCCCACGACAACAUCCCUUCCUACACGACUGGCGGCAUACUAGCUGACGUGAUGGGCCUUGGCAAAACUCUGACCAUGAUUGCGACCAUCACCUCUACUUUGGCCGCGUCUCGACAGUAUCUCAGUAACUCUACUGCCCAUGAAUCUGGCGUCAAAACUGGAGCGACAUUGGUCGUCGUAACCUCAGUGCAGGUUCUAGACGUCUGGGAGACGGAAAUCAAGAAACAUGUCGAACCCGAGAAGCUCAGGACGUACAGGUUCCACGGCAGGAACCGUCCGGCAUCCCCCGGUGUUCUGAACGGCUUCGACGUUGUGCUGACAACCUACGCCACCUUGUGUGCUGAACAAAAAAAACGAGGGAUCUUGCACCAGGUGGACUGGUACAGGGUCGUGCUUGAUGAAGCCCACUGGAUCCGCAACCAAGGUUCUAAACAAUUCAAGAAUGCAGCGGACCUCAGAUCACUCCGCCGGUGGUGUCUCACGGGAACUCCCAUUCAAAACAGCCUAAAUGAUCUUGUUUCAUUGCUGGGAUUUCUCCACUUUGAGCCCUUCUCAUCCCGCACCUUGUUUGGCCGGCACAUUGUGGAACCUCUGGCUAAUGACAUGAAGAGUGGAGGUGAGCGACUGAAAGAGAUCCUACGUACCAUAUGCCUCCGACGGGACCAGAGACUCCUCCAACUUCCCCAACCACGGCAUGAGUUGGUUGAAGUGGUGCUGCAACAGGAAGAGAGGGCGCUCUACGACCGUAUCCUGGCUCAGUAUGCUCGCGACCUCGACGACGUUGUCAGCUCUCGCGCCAAGGUGAAGAGAUAUGGCAUCCUAUUCGCAGCAAUCAUGAAGCUUCGAAGGCUUUGCAAUCACGGGACUUUUGCCGCAUCGCCACCAACCGACUCCGCCGACCAGACUGAGCCUGGCCAUGAAAGCGAGCUGGGCUGUGAGUUUUGCAAUGGGGCCGACGAGGACAUGCUGGAGCUCGUCAAUCAAGACAAUGUCUGCUCCGAAUGCGGAAGGGAGCUUCUUUCGACGACAACUAGUUGCUCACAGGCCCCCGCUCCCAAGAUAACAUUUCGUCUGGGGGAAUCGAAGCCGUACUCUGACACCGAAGGCUUCUCAAGCAAAGUUCAAGCAGUAAUCAACCGGCUGAGCCAAACUGAGCCUGGGUCUAAGAGCCUUGUGUUCUCGUACUGGACGGCAACACUGAACGUUUUGGAGCAGCAUCUGCGGACCCGUGGCGUCCGAUAUCUCCGAAUCGAUGGCAAUUCAACCCACAGCGCCCGACUCCGCGUUCUCGAAGAGUUCCGAAAUCAAGACGCGUCAGUUCUCCUGAUGACGGUCGGAACAGGAGCUGUCGGACUCAACCUGACAGCGGCCAAUUACGUACACAUCGUCGAGCCGCAGUGGAACCCCGCGGUCGAAGAGCAGGCCAUCGCACGCGCGCUUCGCAUGGGCCAGACGCGCACUGUGACGAUCAUUCGAUAUGUGGUGAAGAGCUCGGUCGAGGAGAACAUAUUUCACCUCCAGAGGAGGAAGCAAGGCCUGGCCAAGUUUACCCUGGACGGGGUCUCGCAGGACGGAGUCGUUGGAGCACUGGAUGAUCUGCGAUUCGUGUUGGAUCUUGACCUCGUCGGGUAA